AUGGUUGAAGAGAAGUCAAAGGAGGAUGUGGCUCAUAUUGAGAUGGCACUCAGUGAGACUGACGCUGCUGACAAGGGAGGUGGUGUACUCAAGACUGUUGGCUACAGUACUGCAGCAAAAGAGGCACUUAGAGAAGCCGAUAGCCCGUGGAUUGUGCUAAAGGCAAAUCCUCGAAUUGCGUGUUUUAUGACUUCAGCCCUAGUUACUGGAAUCAUCGUCGGCAUUGAGCUCAACAUGGCGGGAAACAUGCUGGGUAUCCAAUCUUUCUGUCGUCAAUUCGGUCACUGGGAUGCCUCAGAAGAAGCCUAUGCCAUUCCUGCGCAUAUUAUCUCAGUCAUUCCGAAAGUUGGGCAGCCGUCUCGUCGCCGUUUCAACUUUUAG